AUGGCUGCUACACUGAGCGGAACGUUUUCUUCCGCUCCAGAUACGCCAUCUCCCGUCUAUCCGGAUCGACUGAUUAGACCUCUUCCCAAGCGGCCCCUUCGCUCUCGUCUCUCUCCGGAGGCGGCCGAGUCGAUCCUCUACCCUCCCGCCCCGCCGGCGACCCAACUCUUUUACGGUUCCUAUUCAGAGAACGGGGAGGCACAAGAUGGCAAGACAUAUACGCAGCAGAAUUCUGCCGAGAAUUACGGACAAGAUCAAAGCCCCGAUCGGGAUCAUCGUCAUCCAUACGAGAAUGGUGUCGAAGUCGAGAGUGGUGAUGAGGAUGGUCCCGUCGUAGUCCGCCGCAGCGCCGGUUUCCGCGGAUCGUCCUUAUCUCCCUCUACCCCAACCUCGAAUGGCCAAACGCAGUCUAACAAUCCCGACAGCUCACAGACCAAGUCUUCACCCGCUGGGAUGGAUGGCUAUGAUGCAUUUGAAAACACCAAUAAUAAGAAGAAGCGGAAAAUUCCCACUUCUGGAAGCUUGAGCAGCCAUCACUCUAGUCUCACUGCUGAUCUGGCGAAUAUGGGGAUAUCUGGCUUGUCCUCAAGUUCUCCAUCAGCAUUAGGGGAUGGCGGCGGUACCGGAACGUACUAUGGCUCCGGCAGUCCUGCUUCUGCAUCCAGCAGUGGGAUUUCUGGACCUGGCCGCGGCCGGCUUGGACGUCAUAGCCUGCGCAGUUCUGGACGGAAUCCGCUUUCUACUAUUCACUCGCCAAAUUCAUGGCUGGGAGGACGAUCAGCAGGGAGCCGCCGCGAUCUCAGUUUAUCUUCACAGGGAGCAACAGGUGACUCUGGGAACAAAUCAGAUCAGGGCAUUAUCUCUGCGGCUAUUGCAAAUGCUGCUGCUCUCUCCCCCACCUCUAAGGGGCAAGACAAUGUCAGCUUGCUAGAUCAACAGAAUAGCAAGACCUCGCCGACGAAGACUCAGUUCACCUUCACAUGUGAAUCAGAUCUCUCCAAGAGCAUAGCACUGCAACCACCAAAUCCAUAUCCACUGCCUCAACAACAGCGUUUACAAAACCAGUCACUGCCACCGACAACAACAUCAACAAACCAGCGCGAUUUUGCAACACAGGGCACACAGACUAGUCCAAGCAUGGGCUCAGGAAACAGUCAGCAGACACAACAGUCAGGACCUCAGCCGCCCGCGGCAGGGACUCAGAACAACGCACCUCCCAAGAAGCCCAAACGGUCUGCUUCAAGCAUCUACGCGUUGGCAGCUCGCCAGCGGAAAAUCCAACAGCAAUACACCAACCUGCAUCAUCCACCAAACCCAGAAGACAUUUGGAUCUGCGAGUUUUGCGAGUACGAGGCCAUCUUCGGCCACCCUCCCGAGGCGCUGAUCCGACAGUACGAGAUCAAGGAUCGCAAGGAACGCCGACGACUGGCCGAGAAGAGAAGAUUGCUGGAGAAGGCCAAGAUGAAGGGUCGCAAGAGCAAGAAGGCGACCAAGAACGCGGCCAAGCAUGCAGCUGCUCAGCAGCCUGCCCACCACCCCGCCGAACACGCUGCCGUGGAUGCCUCAGGAUCCCAUCCGGAUGAUUAUCUCGGCACCGAGUAUGAUGACGAGUCGAGUCCGGUCCCUCCGCCCGCCCCUCCCCAACAAACCCCCACCAAACAAUCUGCACCGGCUGGAACGGCCGCUCGCACGUCUUCAGCCGCGGGCACCGCCCCAUCUAAGGGUGUAGGCGGAGGAGGAGGAUCGGGCAAAGCCACCUGA